AUGAAUAUUACCUGUCUCUCGAUACUGCUCGUUUUUGGACUGGCAUACGCAAGAUAUAUACGUAAGUUACCAUUGACCCCCAACUUUUACAGUCUUGUAUUUCAUAUACCUUUGAAAACAGCUGAAAAGGAGGAUAAGUCCCAAAACUGCCUGUUUGUGCAUUCGCUUACGAAGUGUAUUAGAUUACGGUCACAUAGGCAUCAAAGACUUUUAUUUCAAACUAUUUCUCAGAAGUUCUAAAAUGAAGAUACACAAGUAAUGUGGAUCCAUGUUUACGGUCAGAGAUGGUAGAAAUUUCUAAACAUUAAGGUACCAGACUACUAUCCUCCGGUUGGUAGUAAGAUGAAAUCCGCAGCAUAUGCAUGAAGGGAACAGCGAGGUGUUUAAGCAGAUAGCUCAAGUUUGACGACCAUUUACUGCGUUUUAAUCUGCUGGCUUCCUAUGAAUUCUACUCUUUUCUUGCUCUACUUAUAGUGUACUGAAGGCAAACGUUUAUUUAAAAUGCAGGUUUUUUCAUUAGUAACGGAAAGUUUAAUCGUGACCGUGCCCUUAAAUGGCAGCUACUUUGAAAAGAUAACCCUAUGCGAAUUUGUGUCUGCACUUCUUUGCCUCAUGGUGUCGCAUGUGGGGCAUUCAAGGACCUCCCUUUUUCAACCCCCAACGAAAGUUCGCUGUCUUAGUCACUCUAAACCGAAUUUGGGUAUUUCUGGAUCCCCUGAUUUUGUUCAGACGCACACAGUUAAACGACUUCUACAGAUGCAGUGGGGGGUUUUGGAAAUAAAAUUAACGAAGAUUAUAGACAUCUAAGAAAAAAUAACAAGAGUCAAAUAAAUUCAGUAUAGACCAGUCUUAACUCAAUGUCAGAAAACGUUGGGACAGUGCAAGAGUAUGCAGCUACCUUUUCGCAUUCCACGGUAUGUUACCUCGAAUUUCAUCUAGUGAAUAAUGAAAUGAAAUGAGUAAAAACUUCGUAGAAGGAUGAAUCAGAUAACUCUGACAAAAUUACUCUGCGCUUAGAUGAGCAAGAAUAAUUUCUUAGGGGAACACCGAAGACAACAAAUCUCGGUUUACAUGAAAUGGCGAUUCCUCUGAUGUCUAGCAAAACCAAUAAAUAAAACGCUCACACUCUGGAACAAAUAAGGACAAAUUAUACAAUAAAACAGUAGAUAUCUGACGUUGUGGUCUGAAAGACGCACUCUUAUACAGUGAACCUCAACCGGAAAGGGGAGGCAAAUGAUACACCAUGUCAGUUGGUAGAACCAAGUCAGAAUUCAAAUCCGCAAUUCGACUUUUUUUCAGAAUUUUUACUGAGUUUAGUUAAUUUUGGGCUUUUGUCCUCGAUGGAAACUUCUGUAGCAGAAAGGCGAGGCUGUUUCCAAGGCUACGAAGGAUCAGUGCCUAAAUGCUAUAGACAAUGUGUGAAAACAAUGAGCAGGAGAUAGUCAUCUUGUAAAAAAUUUCCCAAAAUUAAUCCGUAGGGCAGAGAAAAGGCACUGAAACUUGUUAUAUACUAAAACACUGUUCACCUUAUUUCAAGUUUUCACCCAGUCAGCUUAGAAAGUGAUUAGCUUAAUAAGACUUAUUCUUUGCGUUAGCACGGGAUUCCUUCCCAAUUGCGAUGCUUACAGAGACGAUGGGGCUGGAAGACAACCUUCCAGGUGAUCUGUUCGAUACUCCUCAAUAUCUCCGCCACAAAAAGGGGAAUAUCUUUCGUUUCGGCAAACGCAACUCUUUCGAAAGCAUUCAGUACCCUGAAAACGUACGUGGUUCUUUAUUUUGACUUUUGCAGACGGUUUGGAAAUCAUUUUCAUCUUUUCUUCUCUUUUACGGUGCAGAAUAGAACAAUAAAUUUCUGUAAGCGCAUAAAAUAAGUCUGCUAUCGACAAAGUGCAAGCUGGUUUUACCGUAAAAGUAUGGCUCAAAUAUAACCAUGUCGUGAAAUAUUUUCACAAAUACCGCAUCUAUUAGAAAACACUAACAUUUUAACAAGGUCAUUCCUUUUAACGCACGAGGACGUGACGAGGCACUAAGAACACUUAAAUUCCAUGUAACUCUCAUGGCCUUAUGAUGAUUACCGAAAAUAUGUGUUUGUCAUCUGACUUUACAAUUAAUUUAGUUUUAAUAUCAUUCUUUACAGUCAUACAGGAAGACCCAAUAACACCGAUAAGUCAGGAACUACCAACGGUAAACUCAUUAGAGAGGACUAAAGGCACUGGCUGUGUAAUCUAUCUGAAAGUACUGCCAAUCAAUCCAAGAAAGUCUAAUAAUAGUUGGUUUACCAAAUUAUUCGGUUUUUUGUCAUUUCGGAAGUACCAUCUCAUUUUUCAUUUGAAAUAAUGCAAAGCAGAUUUAGUAUGGAAAUCGCCUGCUUCUGUGUAAUAUGGAUUGCACAGUAACAUUCUGAAAUUCAGCGUGGAUCAUCAGGUUCUGCAGUAUUCAUGGUGAAAGUAUCAAUUUUCCCGUGAUGUAACUUACAGAAUCCCUGUCAAAAAAUGCUCAAUGACAAAUGUUUACGUCGAUGACACAGGAUAUUGAACUAAUUUAAAAUUGCAUUCAGCGUUUCUAGUGAUAAUUAAAUAAGAUCAGAAAAAAUGGCUGCAGACUUAGCAUUGUGAACAUGCAAAAAACAUUUGUGGCUUGGACUGCAUUUGCUAGUCGAAGUUAAGUUCCGUUUCUUGGAGGAAAAGCCUGUCCAAUCGGAAGAAGGAACUAUAUGCUAGUAGCAGGUCCAAAAUAAAACGGACGGUUAAUUCAUUUCGUUUGAUGUUUUUUGUUGUUAACGGAAGUUAAGGACUGACUUUUUGUUGACUGCAACGACAGAACGUGCUUUAUCAUGUCACCUACAGUCUUAACAAAACGCGUAAACGUAGGUUUCUUGAUUAAAAUCUCCGCGGAAAAUUUGUUGCAUCCUGCUCUAAAAAAACCUGCAAAUCAACGGUAACACGAGAGACAGAUAGAAAAAGGACAUAUUCCGUUUGAAAUAUUGUGUGCUGUAGUUUGAAAAAUUUGAAAAUGCUUAUUCAUUCGAUUGCUCCUUGAAUUGUUAGAAUAGUCUUGUGAGCACUUUAAGGAAGCUUUGACAAGCAAUAAGAGGCAAGACAGAAAUUUCACAGCUGUUAAUGAACUGUGUGAAAUCGUGUUCCGACUUCUGAAUUCUCGAAAAAUGUAUUAUCAGCUCUACAAUUUCCAGACGCUCUGUCUGCUAACUGGGUAUAGCAGUACAAAAAUAGACCUUGGGCCAUUUGUUUUGACCCAUGAACUGACUUACGGAUGCGGGAAUUCCAGAAAUUAGCGAAGACAUACAAGGUCGGGUAGUAAAAGCGUAAGCAAACAUACUUUCAUUAUCAUGGGGUAGUUUAGUUGUACCUUCCAUGAAUACUCCUACCGGAGGCCAGCCAUUGCGUUGAUUUUCUUACUGCCUCAAAACACGACUACCAGUCCAUCGACUGAUUUAUAAAUUUCCCAGGCUUUUCUCAGUGUCUGCUAGAAGAAUAGAAGAAGGCAAGGACAUUUAUAUUAAUGCUACAAUGCCAUGUCCAUUCUGAACGGACAGUGGGAAACUUUUCUCCCGGAAAAAUUCCCCAAGUCAAAUGGGCCUAAUAUACCAAACAAAUAGAGAUGCCAUUAUAGAAGUCCUUAAAUGCGUUUUCGUUAGAAAACUGUAAUUUACGAAAACAUAUUUUAAUUCCUUAACUUCAUUCAGACUCGCUGUCCUUAUUUUUAUGUCACUUUCAAGGGAACUGUUAAGUUGUAUCCACUAAGUCGAAAAAAUUGUCUUUGUCUUUUAAUGAUAUUUCGACUUGAGUCGUGCGGUUGAGGGUGGAGCAGCCAAUAAAUAAAACUUUAAUUUUAAAAGCUUUCAUUAAGUACUACUCUGCAAUCGAAAAAAGUGCUGUAUAGGUAACUAGUCGAACGUAUACGGCUAGCUGCAAGAAUGCACUACUGUAAACAUCCACCAAAAGUUUCCCUAAUGAGAUGGGUAAUGGUGGAGUUAAGUGCAUUUAUCAGACGGAGUGUGUACCGUCUGACGACUCCCGUAGAAGCAAAUUCAAAAUAAAAGAAAAACGUGUCCAACAAGAUCUACGUUUCUCACGAUGAAGACAAAUUGUAUGUCACAUAAAAGAUCAUGAACAACUUUUACUUCUAAUCCUGGAUGGGUCCGCGAGGGGUUUUACCGUUCCUAAACCAUUUUAUGUAAUUUUGAUUUAAUCCUCUCAGACGUAGGCUUUUAGCCGAAUGACAAGACGUUUUCUUGCGAAUUUUUACUUUGAGUUGGAACUUUAUUUCCAACGUCACUACGUAUUACUAGGUUGUUUAGACCAAAUGGAAUUCUGAGUUCCUGUUGACAGAGUUGUGACAUUGUCUUACGGCCAUGAAAAACGGCGAAAUACGGGCAUAAAUAUAUGAAGCUUUUGAGGAGCUUAUAUAUCUAGGACCGCAAAGUUAAGAUAUAGUCUGUCGUUAUUCCUACAAAGAAAGGCCUUUUGACCCGGAUAAAGCUUUACAUUUUAUAAUUAUGCGAUAAAAAUCUUUCGCAAAAGUCCUUUGAAACAAUGCAUGCAACCGAACAAUUACAAUUUAUUAAUUCUCUGGACUAUGUUCAUUGUAAAGUGGCUUUUUAUCUCAUUUUAGGAAAUGUCGUAG